AUAAUAGCCUUAUAACUUGCGCCUUUUAUUUUCUUCGACCUCCACGCAUACUGUCACGGCAUAGAGAAAUACGCAUUUAAGAUCUACCUAGUUGCAAUUCACUGCCCACAAACUCAACUUCAAAAGCGAAAGAGUCGCACAUUUCAAUAGCCUCAUAAAACGAACGAAGCCAACCCCCCGCCCCCGCGCGACAAUGGCGCCUUCUCAAGCUGGCUACACGCCAACCCUGUCAACAUUUCUAGCAUAUCUCAAGGACAAGGAGUAUCAUCCUGUGGAAUCAUGCAUUGAGCUGCUCGUCUCACUCCUCAAACAAAGACAAAUUAGGAACUCGAGGCCAUGUGCCGUCGCGACGGCAAAACUAUUGCGCCGAGUCGUAUCAAGCUUGAAAUGGAGAGAUGCAGAGGAUCUUAUUCGACGCAUACAGGAUGUGGGACAAAGGCUCAUGGAAGCCCAGCCAAGAGAGAUGGUGGUGGGCAACAUUGUCCGACGUGUAUUGGGUCUGAUCAGGGAUGAAAUUCUGGAAGAGAGAAAUGAAGACGUCAGCAGCGAUGCUGGUUCUGUGACGCCAAAUCGAAUGCACGCCCCCCCAGCAUUGAGCCACCCGCGACCAUCUACUGCCGACUCAGCGCCAGCAAGAAACCCGUUUGACCAGCACGCGAGGCCGUCUCUCAUGACUUCCCAUACAUCAUACGCAGUAGCGGGCGGAGUCCCUGCUGUCCAGUCGAUGUUCAGCCUCCUCUCAGCUACUCCGUUCGAGGACCCUACACCCCCAGGAGUGCCACCACCGAACGACAAAGGCGUCGAUGCAGCAGCGCUUUCAAGGAGGAUUGCAACUAGCACUCGGGACCUAAAAUCGGAGAUUUGUGACGGCAUCAACGAGAUCAUCGACGAACUUCUCCAAUCCGACGAGCGAAUUGCGAGUUAUGCCCACGAGUACAUCCACUCCAACGAGAUUAUCCUCACACAUACAUCGUCACAGACGGUACACCAGUUUCUUCUCAAAGCGGCAGCAAAGCGCAAGUUUACGGUUAUCGUUGCAGAAUCAUAUCCUAAUGAUCAUGAGCAGACGCAUAGUGCUGCUAUGGGUGUGCUAACUCCACAUGACGACGAGGAGGAUGAACUGGGCCUCGAGCAGUUCCAAAAGUCAUUAACAGCAGCAGGCCUUACCGUGGUCCUGAUCACAGAUUCGUCCGUCUUCGCGAUCAUGUCGCGAGUGAACAAGGUGAUUCUGGCGACACAUGCAGUUAUUGCCAACGGCGGUUUAGUUGCGGCAUCUGGAGCUCGCAUUAUCGCCAAAGCCGCCAACAAGCACAGGACACCCGUCAUUGUGGUAUCUGGUGUUUAUAAGCUUAGCCCCCAGUAUCCUUAUGAGUUCGAAUCACUGAUCGAAUAUGGCGACCCGUCGAAGAUUAUCACCUACGAGGACGGUGGCUUUGUGGAGAAGAUGGACGUCGAGAACCCACUCUUUGAUUAUGUCCCUCCGGAGCUUGUUGACCUUUACAUCACCAACCUUGGGGCACACGCACCAUCAUAUCUCUACAGAAUCGUGGCGGAUCAUUAUAAGCCCGAGGAUACAAACUUCCACAACCCGCAAGUUCGAUUUUGAGGGACUGAAAACGACCAAAAACGAGCUGUCAAAACAUUUCAGCGAUCGGCGACACGCGGCCUCGCCGUCAUCUCUUCAGGAUAGAUAUGCGCUUCGUAAGGCUUGUUUCUGCCGCACGACAAUUAACUUGUUCGCCAGUCUCUGUUUAGGUUGCAUAUCCCGUGGGAAACGCGUAAGCCAGAAUAGCGCCGCUUCUUGACAUCUGUCACUAAGCUAUGGUUGGGUAGCUAGGUAGGGCCGCGUUGGCUCAGCCUUGCACAUCCCUGUGACAUCCAGGAGCGGCAAAGGACUUUCCCCGCUCAAAUAGAUAAUUCAGCUCUGAAGUAAUGCGACAACGUGCAAGACUUUGGAUUCUUCGCUGCCGUGAUCCUUUGGUGAUGCUCUAAAUCUUGAACCGUCAGUCGACAUCGACGCAGCAGUUGGUCCUUUCUUCUUGCCUCGACACCUAUUGUCAGCUUAUCUAUCACCUAUUUACUACCACAUAAGCAGUGCUUUGGUACACUUCCAGCCAUGGACAACGUACCCCCUCCUCCCUACAGUGAAACGGACAUUUAUUCGAGCUCCGUCCGCUCGCCUUUGAGCGCUCCUCCUGACCUAAGCCGCUCGACCACUCAAACCGAUGAUGCCUCUCAAGCUUCGACUAACAACUCAGUCAUUUAUACUCCAGCCGAGUCUGUGAAUAACGACUCUUAUGCGUCAGCCGCCCGCCUAUACUUUGAAAGCCGCCCGCCCCCACGGAGGGUUCCCAGACGUCCCAUUUCCUAUGAGAUCGUCGUAGGGCCCGCGAGCACACCAGACGACUUGCCUUAUAUCCCCGAAUUCGCAGAUUUAGAUAUUACAACUCAGGAUUGGGCGACAUUUAUAAACUAUGCCAUCCCCCACCAUAUCGAUCAGUCAAAUGGGCUCGUGGCGAACGAGAAAAUGAAGGCAGAAGUUCUCGAUAGACGUAUGCAUGGGCUUACUAUUUCGCCAGAAGGCGAAUCGGACUUAUCUGCAGUUGAUGCACAGCUAAAUAGCCUCCAGCCCUCCAAAGUCGAUCUAUCAGGACCUCCGGAAGAUGAUAUCGCAGCUGUGGUCUUGGAGUGGAAUACUGGAUUUUUUGGACCUAGAGGGGUCCGCGUUUUAGCUAAUGUGAGCGAACCGGAUCCGCCGGCUCUUCCGCCAAGGACUACCACAGAGCAACCGGCUACGAGGUCGAUGCCCUCCAGGCCGGGAUGGCAGACUGCAGGUUCGGAAACGGCCUCGGAUCGUGAUAGUGUGGGCGGGGAACGAGAACAGAGGGGAUGGGGUUGGGG